UUUUCAUAUUCUAUUAACAAAUGCCCCACUCCGCUUUCUGUGAUAUCCUCUUCUUUUUCUCACUUUUUCUUUUCUUUGAUAUGCUCUUUCGGAGAUGGAAGUGGUGAGGAAGGUGAAAUGCUCUUGAAUCUCUCUGGUAAGGAUUCAAUAUAUCGCUAUUGAAUUGGGUUUUUCAUAUCAAGUAAUGUUCGACCCUUUAAUGGUGAUCCACGUUCGUUCUCUAAUUUGGUUGAGCAAAAGGAAAAAAGAAAAGAUUCCCACAAAAUCACUCGCUCUACUCAUCUCUUAGUGAUUCAAUUAGGUUCCUAAUCUCUUCUAUACUUUUCAUUUCUUCAACACUGUGAAUUUCUCUUUUUUGUUUCAUAUUCAGUUGUAUAGAGUGGUAUUGGUAGUUGAGACUCAGAUAUUAUAAAGAUUAACUGUAUUUGUUACUCUUAGAGCUAAGCCAAUACGAGUAGUUUUGUUUUGUGAUUGAUUUCGAAUACAGCAAAAGUUAGGAUCUAGUUGAGGAAGGAAGACUCCUUCUAUAGAUUGAUUUGUGGUAUAGAAGUGGCUAAAAUGAGUCUGGGUGCGACUGAGAAUGAUUCGGCAUCGGAGAUUCAUAUACCAGCAGAAAUUGAUUGGCAUAUGCUUGACAAAUCCAAGUUUUUCUUUCUUGGAGCUGCUUUAUUUUCUGGUGUAUCAGCUGCACUUUACCCUGUUGUUGUUUUAAAGACUCGGCAACAGGUUUCUCCAACUCAAAUUUCAUCCCUCAAAUUGUCAUUUUCCAUUUUGCAUCAUGAAGGUGUGAGGGGUUUUUAUAGGGGUUUUGGUACCUCUUUGAUGGGAACAAUCCCAGCAAGAGCCCUUUACAUGACAGCACUUGAGGUGACCAAGAGCAGCGUUGGGACUGCAACUGUUAGAUUAGGUUUCUCUGAUACUCAAGCAACAGCUAUAGCCAAUGCUGCUGCUGGGUUGAGUUCAGCUAUGGCUGCACAGCUAGUUUGGACCCCAAUUGAUGUUGUGAGCCAAAGGCUCAUGGUUCAAGGUUGCAACAAUAGCAAGGACAUAAUCCCCAGUUUGAAUUCGGGUGGAUAUAGAAAUGGCAUCGAUGCUUUUCGAAAGAUUUUGCAUGCAGAUGGUCCGAGGGGAUUGUAUAGAGGAUUCGGGAUAUCAAUAUUGACUUAUGCACCAUCCAAUGCAGUUUGGUGGGCAUCUUACUCUGUGGCACAUAGGCUUGUUUGGGGUGGAAUCGCUGGCUCCACAAAUAAAAAAGAAGAGAGUUCUGUAUACGGUGGUCGGUGUGGUUAUAGGCCUGAUUCAAAGGCAAUGGUGGCAGUGCAGGGGUUAUGUGCAGUCAUGGCUAGUGGGGUUUCAGCUAUGAUUACCAUGCCACUCGACACAAUUAAGACACGCAUGCAAGUUUUGGAUGGAGAACAAAAUGGAAGAACACAGCCAUUGACAGUUACGCAAACAGUUAAGAAUUUGGUAAAGGAGGGUGGAUUUGCUGCUUGUUUUAGAGGAUUGGGGCCUAGAUGGGUGUCAAUGUCUAUCUCUGCAACAACAAUGAUCACUACUUAUGAAUUCUUGAAACGGUUAUCUACUAAGAGCAGAGAGAGCUUCAGCUCAUGACUCCAGUCUACAUAUCAGAACAAGAGAACAAAGAAACGUUUUCCCACGGGAUCUCCUUUCCUCAGUUGUCUGAAAUGGCCGACUUGCCGAGAGGGCUUAUUAAUGUAAAUUCUAGUUCUUUUCAAUGUAAAUUCUAUUUCUUUUCUUUCUCUGGUCAAAUGACAUAUUAAUGUACACUUGUAUAGUAAUAACAAGGCCUUUUCUGCU